AUGACUCUCCUUUUCGUGCUUUUGCAAACGGGGCUUGUUUUGGGCUCUAACUACGGCUAUGUGGAGUGGUCAGAAAACGACCGAGACGAGAACCCGUCAGUUUUCAGCACCCAAGGCAUCAACAGGGAGCCGCCCCACCACCACCCAACCCAUGGUUACUCGCCGCCGGCUACCGAACGCACGGUGGUGGCGCACAAAAUCGAGGAGGAUCUCCCGAGGGUGGUAACCGCUUUCCUCCACAGCGGCAACUCCUCGGCGCUUAGGCAAGUCAACUGCUCAAGGAGGUACGAACUGAGCAGCCUGCGAGGCGGCCUGCACGUCGCCUCCCACUACUCGCUGCACACUAUCUUGGAGACCAUAACGCACGCCACCAACUUUUUAAACAUGAUCAUGCAGACCAACAAGUCCCGAGAGGACACUUUACAGCGGGAUAUCCACUGGUAUCAAGCGCUGGCUCGGAGCAUGCUCGAGGGGGACCCCAAAAUCCACAGAGUCAUGUUAAACUUCCACAGAGACGCCGGCCCGCACGUCUUAGUGCAGGCGACCAGGAUCGCGAAGGAGGUGGUGCUUCAGGACCGGCUUCUGAAGAGCAAAAGCACUGAGUCCGAGUGGUUCAGUGAGUUUAAAGACGGAAAAAGAACAUAUACGUCCAGAAGGGGGUUGGACUCUAAGACUGGAGUUUACCUAUUAGAGAAAAAUAAGAUCAAGUGGUCUGCACCUUACUUGGAAUGCCAUCAUGGGACUUUCGUGCCAUAUUGGCUUCUCACCUUGUCAGCGGGAUUCUAUGGACUCAAGAGAGAUUCGGAACUUGAGUUCAGGGGUGUUGUCCGAUUGGAUGUGAACUUGCAAGAUGUGGAUAUCGACCAGUGUGCCGACAGUGGCUGGUUUGCUGAGACACAUCGCUGUAAUCUCACCAGUAUGGAAUGCAUACCCAUCGCUGGCCAUGGAUUUGUGUUGGACAAAUACAAGUGUCAGUGCAAGAAAGGAUUUUACCAUCCAAGUCGUGUGGCACUCAACGGCUUUAAAAGUCAAGAACAGGGCUCUCACAGAAACAGCAUUUCUGAUGCUGCAAAUAAAUGCCUUCCUUGUCGGGCUGGCUGUCCCAACUGCAGAGACAACACUCCCUGCGUCGCACAGGAGGACAGUGGGCUGCGGCUUGCUGUGGCCUCCUUCCAAGGUCUGUGCAUGGUACUAGACUUGGCCAGCAUGGUGGCAGUUUACCACUGCAGGAGAAGUAAGAGUAUCCGCACAUCUGGAUUCAUUCUGCUGGAAGCAAUGUUGUUUGGAGCUUUACUGCUGUACUUCCCUGUAAUGAUACUGUACUUCCACCCUAGUGUGUUCCGCUGUAUCCUCCUAAGAUGGGUUCGCCUGCUGGGUUUUACUAUCAUGUAUGGUACUAUCAUCCUCAAACUAUACAGAGUGUUAAAGGUGUUUUUGUCACGUACGGCACAAAGGACACCUUACAUGACCAGCUGGCGGGUCCUAAGGAUGCUGGCAAUAAUCUUGUUAGUGGUGUUGUGGUUCCUGGUGGCCUGGACAUCUGCAGUUUGUCAGAACCCGGACCUGAGUCAGGCCUUAAUUACAGUGGGACUCUCAUCGGAGGGCCUGCAGUUUAGUAUGUGUCUGCUUGACCGCUGGGACUACAUGAUAGCUGUUGCGGAGUUGCUUUUCCUGCUUUGGGGUGUCUACCUGUACUACGCUGUCCGAACAAUUCACUCAGCCUUCCACGAGCCACGUUACAUGGCUGUGGCCAUCUACAAUGAGCUCUUCUUAUCAACUGUCUUCCACACCAUCAGGUUCUCUGUGGCAUCUAGCCUUCACCCAGAUUGGAUGCUGAUACUGAUCUUCACCCACACUCAUCUAACUGUCACGGUGACUGUGGGAGUGCUUCUUGUUCCAAAGUUCCUAUCCAAAGUGACUCAGGCUCGGGAUGAUAUUGCCACUGAGGCAUAUGAGGAAGAGCUGGAUAUUGGAAGAUCUGUUUCUUACCUCAACAACAGCAUCACCUCAGCCUGGAGUGAGCACAGCUUGGACCCUGAGGAUAUACGGGAUGAGUUGAAAAAGCUCUACUCCCAGCUGGAAGUCUACAAACGCAAGAAGAUGCUAGCCAACAACCCUCACCUCCAAAGGAAACGAAAUUCCAAAAAGGGCCUAGGUCGCACCCUGAUGAAAAGAAUCACAGAAAUCCCCGAGACCAUGCACAUACACCGCCAGUGUAGCCGAGAAGAUGGCAGUGAACAUGGCAGCAACCGCAGUACUUUGAGGAGGAAUCAAAUGGAGCACGGAAAACAUCGAGAAGAUUCACUUAAGAACAAAGUCAUAAGCUUGCAGAAGUCGCAAAGUUAUGAUCAUGUUUGUGACCAAGAUGAGGAAACUGGAAGUCAAGUUGGCUCUGCAGCAGGGGACAACAUAACUCCAAUGGGUAAUGCAGGGGAGUGUUCUCUCCUUGGUUCCCUCAUUGGCCGCAAACACUGCAAGAAGCAACUGGAACCAGGUGCGCCGCCAUCAAAGCUGGAACCAGCUGGGUCCACUGAAUCUGUUCCACUCUUCUGGAAGUCGGCGAGCGUUCACAACUUAACACACGAAAAGAAACCUGUGCACCUACGGACAUCCAUCAUGCAGAAGUCUCUCAGUGUAAUCACCAGUGCCAAGGAGAAAAUGCCGGGGCUUGGCAACAAGACGCAGAGUAUGGAAGAUGCCAGCAAAAAAGGUCUGAAGGGCCCAGAAGGGAGGGUGCUUUCAGAAGUGGACGAGACUCCGGAACAUUAUCCCAAAAUGAUCGUCAGUCAAUCCGUGGAGUAUUCCAAAACACCUAUGAAGAUGGGUAUCAUGAAGCAACAGGUGAGUGGUAGUCAGCCAUCCAUUUGCUCUGAAACUGGCAGGAACUUGUAUGACGUGUCUGAAGUUUGUCCCUGGGAUAUGGAAGAGCCUCAGACCCCAUCUGAAGCCAAGACACAGAAGCAUGUGUCCAUUGCGCCAGUGGAAAACAACACAGGCCGAAGAGGAAGUAGCAGUUCUGGCAUCAGCAAAUGUAGUCGUUCCCAGCAGAGGCAGAAAAUGGGGCAGUCUCCAUCAAACAGACGACGCUCCAAGGAUAGAGGUGGUGACAGGGAGGAGAGCAGAGAAACACGGAAAUCUCGAGGACCCAGGUCACCUCUGCCUCUCAAACCAGAUAUGAGCCCCUGGGAUUUUGAUGAGCAGCCCAUGCUUGGCGGUGUUUCAGAGUCCAUCUCCCCAGACCGAAUCCGUCGUAAAAAGAGUGUCACACCUACUGAUGGUAAACCCAAGGCACUCCAUUCGGACCACUCAAAGUCCACAGGAAGCCUAUUGCAGCCUCCCUCAUUGAUGGUAGAGAUCUGCCCAUGGGAUUACAACUGCCCACCCUCACCCAAGCAGGAGAAGACCUGCAGCAGUCCUUCUGCAAACAAAAAGAAAACGAAAGGGUCCUGCUCAUCUAACCAUAAGACGGAGAAGGAAAAAGUGAGGGAUAAAACUAGGGAAAGACGGAGCUCCUCCAGCAAACCGCAGUCAGAGAGAAGGCGUGUCAGCCAGUCCUCCGAGUGUGGCGGGCUACAAUCCGAGCGGAGGAGGAGCUCCAACAAAGAUCCAGAUGGGGCAGAAGUGAGGAGGGCAGAGACCGAAGCCUCAAACAGCAAAUAUGGUCAGAGUAAAACCUCUACUGACAAAAAGAAAGAGCGGUAUCACAAACCUGCAAUCAGUAGCAGUCCGAAAACGGCUGACAUUUGUCCCUGGGACUUUGAGGACCAAGAUCAUGGAGAAAGGGCAUGA